GAGGUGUUUACUUGUUGGGUGAAGCAAAUCAAGGAUUAAGUAUUUUUGUUCAUCAAUGUUAUUCUGAUCUUUUUAAGAUAAUUUUUGAUAGUGAUAAAUUAGAAAAUUUUUGCAUUUCAGGAACUCCAGUAUGGACUUGGGAUGAAAUAUCUGCAUGUAUCUCUAAAAAUAUUUAUGAUGAUUCAGCAGGAAGUCUAAAGGUUGUGCAUAUUUACACUAAUGUUCCUGAUGAAGAACUAAAUUAUAUGGAUAAUAAUACUAUAGAUGUGUGUAAAGAACUUGAUGUUUCAUCAUUUUCACUAUAUACUCAGAAAUUGGUACUCUUUGCAUCAACAUAUAUAAGUGAAAAGAUUAUUAAUCGUUAUAAGGAGGAAAAAAGAGACCAGUUGUAUAGUUUUUUAUUAGCAAGUAAAGAUCAGAUGGUGUAUAAAACUUUGCAAAAAAACAUAUUUGAGGCAGUUGCACAUAGAAUUUUGCGAACUGGUGGAGUGUUUGAAACACGUUGUCUAGAAUAUGAAAAUGAUGAAAUAAAAAUGGAGAAAUUCUCUAGACUUGAAAAUAAAAUCUUCCAAUCAAUAAAUGAGAUUAAUAUAUAUAAUGAAUAUUAUCAACCACAACAAAAAAAUUUCACUUCAGUAGAUUCAUUGAUUUUACCAAAUAUGUUAUUUCAGAUGACUAUUAAUCAGGAUUAUGGUAUAAAGGUCAAGGGAUUAAAUGACCUUAUAAAUAUACUUGAUAUUGAAAGAGAAAUCAAAUUUUAUUUUGUUAUGCCACCAGGAUAUUUUGAUAAAAUGAAAAACAACCAUUUUAUACCAGAAAAAGGGAAAAUUCAAAAAGACUAA